AUGAGCAAUCUUACAUCAAAAUUGAUGAACGAUAUGGAGGUAAAUCUUCUUAUAUCCUUUGCUUCAGUGCAAGUCAUUGUUGGUUCAACGGCGAACUUUUUUGUCAUCAUUUUAUUCGUAACAAGACGCGAGUUACGUCGUAAAAAUUCAGAUUUACUAAUUCUACAUGUGGCCUUAGCUGAUUUUAUAUCGUUGACAACGUUUCUACCUUGGAAUAUUUAUCUUACAAAUUUGGGAAGAGGCGAAUACUCUGAGUAUUACACGUCUCUAAAUACGUUCUGUUUGUUUUUAAGUGGCACGGCAGUAUUGACCGUUGCUGUGGAUAAGUUUGUCGCAGUGGUCUAUCCGUUGAGAUAUGCAACGUUUAUAACUAGGUCAAAGACAUUGCUGAUGAUUACUGGAUCUUGGCUUGUGGCAAUAGCAUUGGUCAUCGCCCAUUUCUUCGAUUUCUUAUCUGCGCGUGAACACCAUCAUGUACUGGAUAAAUCCCUCAGCGCUCUUGUUUUAGUAAAGAUGCUUUUUGUUGCUUCUCUGUAUACAGUGGUUUUCAAAGCCGUCAAAAAUCAGUUAUCAGCACAUGCUGGGCGCAAUAUGAACAAUUCAAAUUCAUUACAGAUUACCUCAAAACGAGAAAAGGUGGAAAGUGUUUUUUUUAAAUCUGCGUUAAAUACAUUCAUUGUUGUCUGCUUAUUUUACGCCACGUAUUUACCCUAUGCUGUACUUCAGAUGAUGUCCAUUUCAGACUUCAUGACAUGGAGGAAAUUAUUUUCAUUUAUCUAUAUUAACGCAUGCAUUAAUCCUUUUGUCUACUUCUUCCGUAUGCGAAGAUUUAGAAUUGCACUACUCUAUAUUUUCAACAAAGGCAGACGACUUGAUAUGAACGCUAGACUUUUUUUAUCAACAAACAAAAUUUCCUCGACCGUUAACGGCUAGAUACACGUCAGUAUAUAUUACUUUAAAUUGUUAACGAACUCUAAUGCAUGGAAUCGACUACUAAAGAAGCGGCAAGAUGUACUGCAUAUAUCAGUUUAAACCACUUAUAGAUUCAUAAUUCAUAAUUUUUACUUACUUUCUAUAUAAGAGAUUCUGUUGUCUUUUUAUUUGAACAUCUGGUCUGUGCAAGACUGCAACACAGCGGCCCCGGACAGCAAGGCCACAGGUAUUUUAAUAAUUUGUUGAACUCUAACGCUGAAAUGCAAUUUAAUUCUGCCAAUUUCUUUUUCUAUCCUGAUAAUAUACUUUGGCAGAAAAGUACGACUGAAAAACUACAUAAAAUGCCCCCACGGGAAAAUCCAUAAAAAGGCCCUGCUAGGACCUGUGUUGUAACAUUGAAAAGAAGUUUAAAAAACAAAAUUUGUUGGUGAGCAUACAUAAACUUAUGUUAUGUUUGAAUGUUUAGCAUGCAAUUUAUUACAAAUUUCACCAUUAAAACUGUUUUGAGAAGCUGAGAUUUUUUAAAUGUGUUCUCAGAAUGCAGGAAAUGCUAUUUCAGAGAUCCAAAUUUUAAAAAUUUCCUGGGAGGGCCGACAUGCCCCCAGCUUCAACCCCUGCGGUAAUCUGCUCACACCUUCGGCGAUCGCAUACUAUGCUGGGGGAGGGCAAGGAAAAUGGGCCCUUUGGUACUUUUGCCCCAUCACCGAAGAAUCCUUAAAAAAUGCACUGGAGCUCAACCUCGCUUUGCUCGUUGAGUUUCGGAAACUUAUUUGGUUUAUGCAGUUUAGCAUAUAUUUGAUGCAUA